GUCGUUGUGGCAAUCAAAAGCUUUUGCUCAUUGGUCUUCCACGCACAUUGCUUGUUAGUUGAACACCCCAAAAAGCCUACCUUCACUGGGCUUUCAUCUCUUUUAACUACUAUGUGGCCUAAACGGGUAGCCAACAAGAUCCUUGGAAAGAGGUUCGGUACCAACAACAACAGCAACUUUGUCGCUGACUUGCCGCGCCUCGACAUGGAGACGGCAUUGGUGCCGGAAGUUCCAAGUUUAGAGCAGUUAUCGUCUUAUUAUGACGACAAGACCCUCUUAGAUCAUCGGAAGCAAACGCAUGAGUACAAGAUCUUCGUUAGCACUUGGAAUGUAGGCGGUGUCACGCCAGGGGUUGAUUUGUCGAUGGAAGAUUGGCUCGACCUACGUGACAACGCAUGCGAUAUUUACGUCCUAGGGUUUCAAGAAGUAGUUCCUCUGACAGCUUCCGCUGUUCUGGGGUCGGAGAACGCGACGAUCCGAACAAAAUGGAAUGCCGUGAUCGGGAAAUCCCUGAACCGAACGCGACACGAGCAAGACAGAUUUCAUUGCAUGAUGAGCAAGCAGAUGGUCGGACUAUUGGUCACGAUUUGGGUUCGCGGUGGGCUGCUCGCGCACAUAACCCAUCCAAGUGCUUCGUGCGUAGGCUGCGGUGUCAUGGGCUGCCUAGGCAACAAGGGAGCGGUGUCGGUUCGAUUCGAGUUAUACGAGACGAGCUUCUGCUUCGUGUGCACCCAUCUUGCUUCCGGUGAUCGGCAAGCGGAUCAUGAGUUGAGAAACUCUAACGCAGCCCAAAUAUUGUCAAGGACGAGCUUCCCGGGAGGCCCUUCACUAAAUUCGCCAAGAAAGAUUCUUGAUCACGAUCGGGUGAUUCUGCUUGGAGAUUUGAAUUGCCGGAUUUCCCUCCCGGAAGCAACGACGCGGUCCCUCGUCGAGAGAAGCGAAUGGAGUAAGCUGCUGAAACACGAUCAGUUAAAGGCAGAGCUCAGGAAUGGUCGAGUACUACAAGGUUGGCAGGAGGGGAGGAUCGACUUCGUUCCUACCUACAAAUAUUGCCCUAAUUCGGACGUCUACUACGGAAGUGGCCAGGAGAAUAUCAAGGGAGAAGGAAGACGAGUUCCUGCAUGGUGUGAUAGGAUAAUAUGGUACGGGGAAGGACUGAAGCAGCAUCUAUACACGAGAGGCGAGUCGAAGCUAUCCGACCAUCGGCCGGUGAAAGCGAUCUUCACCGCGCAAGUCAGUGUUUCCACGAAGCUCGAAGGCCUUUGGAGCUUCCUCACCUCCCAAAGCUUCGAGCGGAUUAAGAACGUGUCGGCAGAUGAGAUUUUAGAUUCAACGGCACGUCGAGCUUUCAAAUUUUGUAGUGUUGAUUAAUUUCACAUGCUUACGUAUUGUACAAUGAAUUGCUACCAAAUCAAAGUCCUAGCGGACCUUUCUAUCUCAAUC